CAUAAACAUCCUAUUUUGUCAUAAAAAACAUGAAAACAUAUUUGUUAUCCAACACACAUUUCUUAACAAAUUUGAUAAUACAAUUGUUAUAUAUCUUGAGUUUAGUUAUGCUUGUACGAUCCAAAAGUGUUAGCUUUACUACAACCCUGAUCCAUCGCGACUCACCAACAUCUCCCUUCUAUGAUCCUUCCCUCACCCUUUCGUGGCGGGUGGUUGCCGCUAUGAAUCGCUCUUUUGAUCGCGCUAGGGUUUUUAGUUCCAUGCGUUCUGGUGUGACGAAUAUUUUUCCAAACCCGCAGUUAGCUAACUAUCUAAUGAAAAUAUCGAUCGGCACUCCACCUCAAGACAUCAUAGGCGUGGCUGACACGGGGAGUGACAUAAUAUGGACACAGUGUGAACCGUGUUCAUAUUGUUUUAACCAAACACGUCCUGUUUAUAAGCCGAGGGUUUCCUCGACUUAUAACACGACGACGUGUGGUUCAACAACGUGUAUGUCGGUUCCAGUGAGAUCUUGCACCACGAACGACAACACUUGUUUGUAUGUGGUCCAAUAUGGAGAUUUUUCGUAUAGUUCUGGAGAACUGGCGACAGAAACAGUUACACUGGAUUCCAAUGUAACUGGCAUCUCGUUCGCCUUUACCAAUGUAGUUUUCGGAUGUGGGCAUAGAAAUGCUGGCAUGUUUACCGAAGAUCAAAGUGGCAUAAUAGGGCUCGGAGGCGGCCCGUUUUCGCUCAUUACACAAAUGGGGUCUUCGAUUAACGGAAAGUUUUCAUAUUGCCUUGUGCAAAUGUUUUCGCACGUAGAAAGGUCAAGUAAAAUGUACUUUGGUGAUGCUGCCACGGUUUCCGGAGAUGGGGUUGUUUCAACCCCAUUAUUUUCCGGAAACCCUGGCACCUUUUACUAUCUAAAUUUUGAAGGGAUAACCGUUGGAGGUCAACGCAUUGACUUCUACACAACAAAACCUACGUUGGUCGAGGGUAAUAUCAUCAUUGACUCGGGAACAUCGCUAACACUGCUUCCUGAAAGCUUCUACAAUCGAGUUCAAUCAGCGGUGAGACGUUCAAUGCCGGAUAUCUUACCCGUUCAUUCCGACCCACAAAAUAACUUACGCUUGUGUUACAACCCGUUGGAAGUGAAGGAUCUUCCGGUUAUGGUGGCUCACUUCAAUGGGGCGGAUUUGGAGUUGGACCCGAUAAAUACAUUUGUUCAGCUGAGUAACGAUUCGAUUUGCUUGGCCUUUGCUCCUGUAGAUGGGGUCGUGAUCUUUGGGAAUCUAGCACAAAUGAACUUCUUGGUAGGCUAUGACCUUUAUAAGAAGACAGUUUCGUUUAAACGCACAGAUUGUGUGAAGUUAUGAUCUUUAUCUGUCACAAAUAACUUCUUUGAGAUAGUUUUGUUUAGACAAUUAAUCCAAGUUAUGGUAUAUUAUUCA